UGUGAGAGAGAUUAUAUGUAGCCGUAGGGAUAUAUGGAGAAUUAAUUAAGCUUUGCCAGUUUCCAAAAAAAGUUAAAAUUAAGCUUUGCCCUUAAUUAUCGCUAAUCAUUUGACUUCCCGGCGGCGCUUUAUACAAUAUGGGGCGUGUUCGCGGUUGUUGUUGUCGGACGUUUCUUUCUUUGCUCUUCCUCCUUGCCGGCGGGGUGGUUUACGGCUACCCUGAGGAAGAUUUGGUGGUGGGACUGCCCGGACAGCCGGAAGUAACUUUCCGGCAAUACGCCGGCUACGUAGAUACCGACGAGAGGGCCGGCCGGAGUUUGUUUUACUACUUCGUGGAAGCUGAUCGGAAGGAUGCCCAUAAUCUUCCCCUCACUCUUUGGCUGAAUGGAGGUCCGGGAUGUUCCUCCAUCGGCGGCGGCGCCUUUACGGAGCUGGGUCCCUUUUUUCCGUCAGGCGACGGCCAUGGUCUUCGAAUUAACUCCAAAUCGUGGAACAAAGCAUCGCACCUUCUAUUUGUUGAGGCACCGGCAGGGGUAGGAUGGUCAUACUCAAAUACAAGUACUGAUUAUUCUAAUUGUGGGGAUGACAGCACAGCUCAUGAUAUGCUAACAUUCAUGCAAAAAUGGUAUGAAAAAUUCCCAGAGUUUCUUGACAAACCUUUGUUCCUCACCGGAGAAAGCUAUGCAGGACAUUACAUUCCCCAAUUAGCAAGUCUUAUGAUAGACCACAACAAAAACCUCAUCAAGGGGCACAAAUUUCAAAUCAAAGGUGUAGCGCUGGGAAAUCCACUGGUGAAGCUUGAGAGAGAUGUGCCGGCGGUGACGGAGUUUUUCUGGUCCCACGGGUUGAUUUCGGACGAGAACUAUAACGCCAUCAAGAGGGAGUGCGACUUUGACGACUAUAGCUUCAUCUACCCCCACAACGAAUCCGGUCCGUGCAACGCGGCGAUCAUCGAGCAGUACCGCGUCGUGACGAACUACGUGAACGUUUACGACGUUAUUCUCGACGUCUGCUACCCUUCCAUCGUUCAACAAGAACUCAUUUUGCACAAAGUGAUAACAAAGAUGAGCAUGGGAGUGGAUGUGUGUAUAACACAAGAAAGGAGUUUCUAUUUGAACCUUCCACAAGUGCAGAAGGCUCUUCAUGCAAAUCGGACCAGUUUGCCCUAUCCAUGGCAGACUUGUGCUGACUUUGCAAUGUUGAACUACAGCCAGAUAGACGGUGAUGCGGAUGUGGUUCCCUUACUUAAAAAAAUAUUGCAGAACCAAAUCCCUCUAUGGAUAUUCAGUGGGGAUCAAGAUUCAGUGGUGCCAUUGGUGGGGUCAAGAACGGUGGUUCGGGAGCUAGCCGCCGAGCUGAACAUGAACAUCACCGUCCCCUACGGGAGUGGGGAACUGGGGAUGGAAUUGGGACGGACGACAAAAUCCCGGGCUGGGUUUUCAUUUUCGCCGACCGUUUCAAUUUCCAGAAUCCACCGCAGACUUCUCGCUUUCGGUCGGAGAAGGGUCCCGGCUGGCGAGAGCUCCAAAAACGUCGGCGGAGCUUCUCAUUUCCGGUCGGACAGCAGUUUCAGCCACUUCGAACACUACCUGUUAAGGAAUUCUUUUGAAAAGGGGAAGGUAGAACUUUUUGCAAUGAUAACGGGAUUCAAAACCAAAGUUAACUUCAAUGCUCUUAUUGCAAGAAGUAUGGACAUAAGGAAGGAGAAUCAUGGAACACGCAAAAGGUUGAGGAAAAGGCCGACUUUUCUAAGGUGGAAGAGGAAAGUAAGUUCUUUAUGACUCAUUGAACUAGUAUUUCUAUCAUUGUAAGUGUGUGGUUUGUGGAUAGUCCAUUUAUAUUUCAUAUAUGACAUACUACUCUCUUUGUCCCCCGAGAUUAAUAAAAUUUUCUCCUUAGCAUGGUCUUGCCUAAAAAGGUCUAUGGUUUUCUCUCAAUUUGGGUUUCGUGUUUCCACAUAUAAUUACUUAUAUUAGCUUCAUUUUAUGCACUCCGUAUUUUUCUGGGAU